CGCAGUUUUCGAUAACAUCGAUGGUAUUCAAUAACCCCACCAACUAUUCCCCUAUUAUAUAAACCUAGCCUCUUCCCCUCAGUUUAUUCAUUAAUAACCUUUUUUUUUCUUCAUUAAUCCUUCUUAAUCAUGUCUUGCUACAAGGGAAAGUACGCUGAUGAGCUUAUCAAGAAUGCUGCAUACAUUGGAACCCCUGGAAAGGGUAUCCUUGCUGCUGAUGAAUCCACUGGAACAAUUGGAAAGCGUCUCUCGAGCAUCAAUGUCGAGAACGUAGAAUCAAACAGGAGGGCUCUCCGUGAGCUUCUCUUCUGUACCCCCGGUUGUCUUCAGUACCUUAGUGGUGUUAUCUUGUUCGAGGAAACGCUUUACCAGAAGACUGCCGCAGGCAAGCCUUUUGUUGAUGUCAUGAAGGAAGGCGGAGUCCUUCCCGGUAUUAAGGUUGACAAGGGUACCGUUGAGCUCCCUGGAACCAAUGGCGAGACCACCACCCAAGGUCUUGACGGCCUCGCAGACCGCUGCGCAAAGUACUAUGAGGCUGGUGCUAGGUUCGCCAAAUGGCGUGCCGUGCUCAAGAUUGGUGAGAACGAGCCAUCUCAGCUCGCCAUCAAUGAAAACGCCAAUGGCCUUGCCAGAUACGCCAUUAUCUGCCAACAAAACGGUCUUGUACCCAUUGUUGAGCCUGAGAUCCUUGUUGACGGAUCCCACGACAUUAACAAGUGUGCUGAUGUCACCGAGCGUGUUCUUGCUGCUUGCUACAAGGCUCUCAAUGACCACCACGUCCUCCUUGAAGGUACCUUGUUGAAGCCUAACAUGGUCACUCCUGGUUCGGACUCCGCUAAGGUUGCACCUGAGGUUAUUGCCGAAUGCACCGUCCGUGCUUUGCAGCGCACAAUGCCUGCUGCUGUUCCUGCUGUGGUGUUCUUGUCCGGCGGUCAGAGCGAAGAGGAGGCCACUGUCAACCUCAACGCAAUGAACAAGCUCCAGACCAAGAAGCCAUGGUCUCUUUCCUUUUCCUUUGGACGUGCUCUUCAACAGAGCACCCUAAAGGCGUGGGGUGGAAAAGAGGAGAAUGUUCAGAAGGCACAAGCUGCAUUCCUUACCCGGUGCAAGGCUAACUCCGAGGCUACACUCGGAAAGUACGCCGGAGCUUCCAGCUUGAGUGAGGGUGCUUCCGAGAGCCUUCAUGUCAAGGACUACAAGUACUAGAUCAAAGUUUUUGGUUUUUGGUUUUCGGAUUAUGUUUUUGUUGAUUUCCAUUUUGAAAAUGAGAUGACAAGUACGGGUUUUACAUAAGUGUCUAGCAGUGGACAUAAUGUGUAAGGCUUUUCUUUUCAGUUUAAUAAGAACUUUUGAGUAACAAUAUUGGCUUUGUGACAUCUAUGUAACUGUUUUUGGGGUUGGCUUAUCAAAUGAAAAAUAUAUUUUGCAUUA